GAGGUAAAAAGCUCUUGGAGAAGCUCGAACGAACCGCGGAAUACGAAUGAAAAUUACGAACUGGCAAGGCCGAGAAAAACGGAAAGAUAAUCACUUAUUUUUUUUCUCGUAAACUUCCAUCGAUUUUCGCAACCUGUUGAGAUAAAAUUAUUAUACGUGUGUCGGAUGAUAUUAUAUACAUACAUAUUGGUAAAUUUGUAACUACUUUUAACGCGUCGGUUGUGAACAUUAAUUAAAUAAUUUAUUCUGUGUUGGGUGUCAGUGCGGCGUGCGUUAUUAGUCUAACUGUUUUUAUAAAAAAAAAAAAAUAUAUGUUUAUUUCUCCUUGAAUAAAAACUUGACGAAUUUAACGAUGAAUGCUUAUAUGUAGAUACUCGGGAAGCCGGAUAGAGAUCCAAUUUUUACGAUACACCCUAUCACCUCAGAGUGCAGACAUAUUUAUAUUUCAUCGCAGAAGAAUCAGCUGCUGUCAGCUCGAGGCGAGUCUGAUUAAAUAUCGAACCGAGUUUGUGAAGCUACGUCGGUUCGUCAGACAAUAAAAGAAAGAAUAAUAAUAAAGGAAAGUAAUACUAUCCUUUCAGCGCGUCAGUGAGUUGUAACAAAUGAAACCUGACUCAAAACAAUACCGAAGACACUGAAGAAUAAAAAGGAAAUGAAUCAGUUGAUAAAAAUAACCAAAAGUUCGAUAGGAUCAUCGUCGUGCGGUAUUAAUUGCAAAUGGUAAUGUUUCACGGGGGUGGAUUAGCACGUCCGGAAGUGUGUGCGUGAUCGUGUACUGUUUAUUCGGCUUCUGCGAUCGUCGUGAAGCGCGGGAAAAUAUGGCCGAGAUUACUACCGAAGCCAGCAGGCAUUCUUCACAGGAUAAUCUUGACGAUGAUAACAUUGGCCAGGAUCCCACAGUCGCAGAGGAAAUGUCCGAAAAUUCCCAGGACCAGACGCAGCUUCUCGUCCCGGACAAAAAAACAGAAUCGAGCCUCGGUACUAUUUCGGAUUCAACGUUCAACAGUCAAAGGGUGUUCAAGAAAUCGUCGUCGAACAACAAGCUCACCCUGUAUUUGGCGAGCAGAGAUCUCGUGGUGAGUGCCGGAAAGAUUGACCGUCUUCAGGGCGUGCUUCUCGUCGAUCCUGACUACUUGCAGGACAAAAAGGUCUACGGUCAGGUGACUCUGACUUUUCGAUACGGUAGGGAAGACGAGGAGGUGAUGGGGCUCAAGUUUUGCAACGAAGCCGUCAUGUGUUUGGCUCAACUAUACCCUCCGUAUCCGGGGGCAGAGCAUCAGGAGACAAACACCCCGCUUCAGGAGACGCUGAUAAAGAGGCUCGGAGCGAAUGCGCACGCAUUCACAAUGGAAAUUACGCCGCUGGCGCCACCGUCGGUGCAAUUAGUACCGGCAAAGGAGUACAACGGCGCGCCGAUCGGUACGAGUUAUGACGUAAGAGCGUACGUAGCGGAAAAGGCUGACGAGAAAUUGCAUCGAAGAACGAUGGUCAGAAUGGGUAUAAGGGUUGUUCAGAGGAGCAGUCCGCCCCCCCUUCCUCUCAAGACACCGCACAGCAUCCCAACGGCAACUGGACCAUCCCUAAGCGCCUUUCUAAAACCGCAGAGAACGAAACCCGCCGAAUUGGCCAACGAUAUCAUCGAGCAGGACGAACUGACUCCACCACACGCGGCGGUGGAAAAGCCAUUUUUAUUGAGCGACGGUAGAGUGGGAUUAGAAGCGAGACUGGACCGAGCGAUAUACUCUCACGGAGACUCGAUCUUCGUCCACGUUAACGUUAACAACAACAGCAGCAAAUCCGUGAGGAGGAUCAAGGUAUUCGUGGUCCAGCACGUCGACGUCUGCAUGUUCAGCAAUGGAAAAUUCAAAAACGUCGUCGCGUUAGUCUCGUCGCAGGACGGAUGCCCCGUCGGUCCUGGAUCGUCUUUGACCACGAGUUACUCCCUGAAACCGAUAAAGGGAUCGACGAAAAAUUGGAUCGCGUUAGAAGACAGCUACACGAAAGCUGGUGCAACUCUUGCGUCGACCGUUGUUAGCAGUGGAAACAGUCCGGAGGACAGAAACGUUUUCGCAAUUUACGUGUCUUAUUACGUGAAGGUAAAGCUCCUGGUGUCAGGAAUGGGUGGAGAAGUGUCGUUGAAGCUGCCGUUCAGCCUGAUGCACAACGACGCGGAUCCCGACUUCCUGACGGGCCUUCCGUCGCCGUUGAGAGAGCCGUCGAAGCCGUUGGAUUCGUCGACGACGCGGGACGCGAACUUCCUCGAAUCGGAAACGAAGCAGCAGCUACCGAAGUCGGAAAGCUCGCGAGAGGAGUGCGAUAAGGGUCAGGAGACAAGGUCGACGAACGUCAGCCCGAAGAGGAAGGAGAACAUGGAGGACGUUGACCUUAUAGAAAGGUGCGACGAGGACGGGGGGACCUGAGACGAGGUUGGGGUGCGCGACAAAGAAGGGGUGCCCCGUCAAACGAGCAAAACUAGCUACUCAAAGAGCGUUAAAAACUCCAACAACAAGAGCUGCAAGGAGGGUUUCAGCAUCCACAGAGCGUGGUGCUGCUUCAGACGAGCUUCCUAGUUACCGGGAGAAAAUUGUCGAGUUAUUGGAAAGAGGACUUCACUGAUAAAUCAACUUCAACGUCUGAGUCAAAGGUUCGGAGAAGAGGAAAAGAAGAUUCGACAAAUCUCCAGCCAACUUAUUGGCGUCGAUGAUGGUGAACGCGAAUGGAAAAGCAUCCCUGCUGUGUGUAAAAAACAAAUCUGAUCGAAUUUCAAACAGGCAAGUUGAGACAUGAACAAUUGGAGAAAGGGUUUUAUAAUCCGAACCUUCAAAAUGGUUCAACGACCGUGUUUUUGGAACGAUUUUAAUGGUUUUGGGCUUAUUUCGAUCACCGUAGAGAUUUGCAGAGACGAAAUCUUACCGAUAGUUAUAUCAUUCCUAGUUACCGGGAGAAAAUUGUCAAGGAAUUGGAAACAGAACUUGUCUGUUCGUGUAACUGAUUCAGGAUAAAUGAGCUUCAAUGUCUGAGUCGAAGUUUUGGAGGAGAAAUGGAAGGUUCGACAAAUCUCCAGCUAGUUUAUUGGCGUCGAUGAUGGUGAACACGAACACGUCAAAAACAAAUUUGAUCGAAUUUCAAACAUGCAAGUUGGGACAUGAACAAUUGGGAAAAGGGUUUCAUAAUCCGAACCUUCAAAAUGGUUCAACCACCGUAUUUUUGGAACGAUUUUAAUGGUUUUUGGUUUACUUUGAUCAACAUAGAGAUCUCCAGAAACGAAUUUUUGCCGAUAGUUAUAUCACGAAUUUGCACUUUAUAACUAUUGGUACCAUAACGUAAGGUUUCUUGAAUGUUUCCAGACGAUUCGUGGUGAACCAAUCAGCGACCAGAACGAGCCGAAAAACAUUAAAACCUGAUGAAAAACGCCAGAGUUUAAUUAUUGUUAACGUCCCGAUUAUAAAACCAUUUUCAAAUUGUUGAUAUCUUAGUUAAUUCCGUGAUUGAAAAUUUUCUCAUGUUCAUUUCUGUUACACGGUCGGCUGAAAUAACACGGCUUGAUAUUUUUUGAGCUGUUUUUCUCUCUUUUCCCAACUUUUAAUUCAGACGGUGAAGUCAAUUCGUCCUUAACUAAUCCCACAAUAUUUGUCUACGUAUUACAAAUCGAAGAGAACAAAAAAAAAAAAAAAAAAAACAUCUAUCACACUCAGAAUCAGCGUUUCGAAUUUUGAAAAAAGUUGCGAACUUGGCAAGCUUUGAGCUUCGGUUACCUACGUUCAUGAAAAAAAAUUGACGAACCGAGGUGAAAAUAUAAAUAAUCACUUAGCGUCAAAGAACGAGGAAUGAUUGAACCCGGGAACUCGAUAUAAAAAAUUUAGAUCAUGGAAAUUUUUCCAACUUACUCGAAUUAUUCUAACAUGUAAGUGAUCAUCAAUAUUUUACAACGUUCAUUUAAUCAAUUACAAUGUAUAUCGUACGAUUUUCGCAAAAUGUUAUGUACUAUACGUAUAACCGACGAGUAAAACCGAUAUAGAUUUUGAUAUGGACAUACGAAUUAUAGAGAAAAAAAAAAAAACGAAAAAGGAACAAGUGCGAAUAUAUAAGUAGCUGUUGGUGUAGAAAGAAAAGAAGAUAAAAUAACAUUUUGAUAAAGCCAGAGAGAAUCUAAAAUGUACAUAUGUGAGAGCGUGCGUGAAUUUAUAAUAUACAUACAUGCGUAUGUGUGCACUAGGGUGUGCAGAAAAAAAAUUUUUUUUUCGUCAUCAGAAUUUCGUUAGAGCGUCUCAAAUAGAAUAUUUCAGCCAAAUAUGAGCUUUUAAUACUAAUAUUUAGAGAUGACUAUUUUAUUUUUUCCAUUUUCCAUUUAAAUAAUACGUAAAAUAAAUCUGAAAAUUUUAGAAUUUCUUUUUCUCGUAAACGGCUUGACUUAUAAACUGUCUAAACACAGAUUAUUUAUAGUGCGUAUUAUUUCUUACAAUGUUCUGUGUUUAGAUAGUUUAUAAGUCAAGCCGUUGAUGAGAAAACAAAAUUCAAAAACUAUCCGAUUUUCUUUACGUAUUGUUCAAAUGAAAAACGGACAAAAUAAAAUGGGCACCUCUAAAUAUCAAUAUUAAAAGCUCAUAAUAAGAUGAGAUAUUCUAUUUGAGAUGGUCUACCGCAAUUUUGAUGCGGGUUGGAGAGGAACAAAAUUUUUUAUUUUUUUUUUUUUUGGCACACCCUAGUGCGUGCGGAAAUAACAUUAACAACAAAGUUACUUGAAUUACGUUCUGAGCAUAUCGAAAUAUUUCGCGGAAAAUCAUCGCGAGUAUGGAUAAAUUUAUUGAAAACUUCUAAGAUCGAUUAUAUUAUCUCGGGUUUACAGUGAAAGUAUCUAUAUAAAGUAUGUUUCAAACAAUUUCCAAUUCUACCAAACUCGCAAGCAUUCCGAAUCACUUCACGAUAAAUGAUUAAAAAUUAUUGGAUAAUCGAAAAUUAGAUAUACUUGAGAUAUGUUAAGGCGAAAAUGAAACUUUCAUCUCCGUUUUAAAAUUCAUUGUUAGAGGCAUACAAUUCGGCAGUAUAAAUACCUGCACACCUGAUUCAAUUUUCUAACGCGAAGUCAAUAUUUGAAUAGCUUUAAAUCCAAUCAGCGCCCAAUUUUCUUCUACUAUAGGUAUUAGAGUGAUGUGAGUAUACACAGAGAGGUACGAUUAUUUUCAUUCAAAUGCCCGAAGAAAGGAAGCGAAAGGGAGGAAAAUAACCUGAGCGUUUCUUUUCGCGAUUAUUGAAAUAUUGAAGAUUUAACCAACGAUUAUUCGUCAUAUUUCAAGUUUCUCGUUUCAAUUUUCAAUAGUUGCCUUUCUACUUUCCAAUUUUCUUUCCUUUUUAAUCAAUUCACAUAUUUGAUUCACUAUCUAUGCUUCCCAUCUUGCUUUCUUGUCGAUUUAUUUGUCAGGUAUAUAAUUCUAUACCGGGACAAUCUCUUGAAACUUGAAAAUUAACCGCGCAUGCGCCAAAUAAUUCAAUCUCAUUGGUCGGCCAAAUAUUCCCGCAGCGAUUGUCUGCAAUGCAGGCGAGCCAACUUACGCCAAAUGUGUACGUUUGAAUGUUCAAAAAGCGUAAGCAUUAAAUUCCGACCGUUGUUUGAAGAAUCGACUUUCCGACCCGACAACAAAUGCUUCCCAAACCUUUCCGAGUCGCUGCCUCGAUUA